AUGCUUGGAUUAUUUAAAUCUCUGUUCUCUAAGAAUAGCACUCUACGAUAUGACCGUCUGGGUAGCGAAGACGAUGAGAGCUCGCCUAGCUCAAGGAGCCUUCCUGAAUGGCAAAAGAAAACACCGACUAUUUCCAGUAAGCUGGGAUGGACGGAUCGAAGUUCUUCCGUAUCACUAUUCUGGGUGAAUAUGUUUCUUCUUGGGGUGUCGGGUUUGCUUUUUGCGGGCUCUUUAAAGCAGAAGCCGAACAGCAAUGACUCCGUACAAAACCUGAUUUCCAUUCCCUCACCUGUUCUGGACGAUGUAGGAAUCUCUUUCUCUGUAAAACGCAUGAAUGCAACGCUCUUUCCACGCGACCCACCCAGCAUCUUUCGCCGGGAACCAAGUGCAGAAGUCGACGAUGCCUGGAUGAGAAUCAUUGAUACCAGGCCCAUUCCUCUUUCACGCGCAGAUGUCCUCGCAAUAGGGAAAGACCCAGCGCAGUCAGUUCGGCUUUCCUCAGACUUCGGUUUGGGACCAGAGGUAUAUGCUGGCCGGAUUGACGUGUUUCACCAGUUGCAUUGUUUAGAUGCACUACGACGCGAGGCAUACUUUGAUCAUUAUUACGGGCAAAAGUAUCCUGGUGGCUUCAAUGACACAGACCAGCAUCAUCGCUAUCACCUCUCACACUGCAUCUACAUGUUAUUGCAAAAUAUCCUCUGCAAUGCUAACACCGACAUCUACACGCAUUUCUGGACGGAUGCAGUAGAGCACCCUUGGCCAGACUUUAACAUUCCCCACAAAUGUCGAGAUUUUAGUGCCAUCUUGGACUGGCAGAAUAAGCACGCUGUGAAUGAGGAAAUGUUUGUGGGAAUGAAGAGACCUGACGAUCAAAGACCCCACAGGAUGAGCAGUCACUUCAAGAAGACCGAAAACCCAGUCCUCUAUGGUGAUCUUGACGACAAUGCUUACGAUGGCGAAAAUGCAUAA